GCGGGUACGGGUACGGGGUGCGCUGCACUCGCAUGUGGUCGAUCAACAAUAGCUUAACGAGAGACUAUACAAAGAAAUAUUUUACUCAAUCAUUCACGUGUGAUACAUUUAAGGUAGUUUAGAUUCUUCAUCGGCAAAGUUCAGGAAGUUGUUCACCAACAGGAUUUUGAAAUGGCUGUUGAAAAUGUGGCAGAGACUUCACAAAAGCACCCUCUCGCUGGGACAGGAGAAGAUAUCACCCCUAACAAGGAUGGAGGAGUCUUAAAAUCUAUUAUAAAAGAGGGUGAUACCACUGAAAAUGAUCGGCCCAUGAAGGGGGAUACAGUGCAUGUGCAUUAUGUUGGAACUUUGAUGAAUGGGGAAGAGUUUGACUCUAGUCGGAAGAGGAAUGAACAGUUUUCCUUUAAGUUGGGAGAAGGGCGAGUAAUCAAAGGCUGGGAUUUGGGCGUGGCUACAAUGAGAAGGGGGGAGGUUUGUGUUCUCACGUGCAGCCCAGAGUAUGCUUAUGGAAAAAAUGGUCAGGGCAAGAUACCAGCUGAUGCAACACUAGUCUUUGAGGUGGAACUGUUUGAUUGGUCGGGAGAAGACCUGAGCGAUGAUAAAGAUGGUGGCAUCAUACACAGAGUGAUCACAGUAGGGAAGGGAUUUGACAAGCCAAAAGAAGACUCUAGUGUCACAGUUCAUAUUGUUGGCAAGCAUGGGGAUACUGUGUUUGAUGAACGUGAUGUCAGUUUUGUAAUUGGAGAAGGUUCUGAGCACAACUUACCAAAAGGCUUGGAGAAAGGUAUUCAAGAAAUGUUGAAUGAAGAGACAGCCCAAUUCACAAUCAAGCCCAAGUAUGGAUUUGGAAGCAAAGGUUGUGCAGAGUGGAAUGUUCCUCCUGAUGCAACCAUCAAGUAUCAGGUCACACUCAGCAAUUUGGUCAAGGCCAAAGAAUCCUGGGAGAUGGAUCACGACGAGAAGUUGAGUGCAGCGGAGAAGUCCAAGGCGAAAGGGACAGAAUAUUUCAAGGCAGGUAACUACAAGAAGGCUAUCAAGCAGUAUACGAAGAUCCUAGAUUACCUUGAUUCAUAUCCAGACAUUCCUGAAGAGCAGAAAGCAAGCUACAAGGAGCUUGUUCUUGCUGGACAUCUAAACCUUGCCAUGGCGUACAUCAAAAACAAAGAUAAUGCGGAGGCUGUCAAGUCUUGUGAUAAGGCCCUGAAAGUUGACCCUGAUAACGUCAAAGGCCUGUUUAGACGAGGUCAGGCUAACUUAGCCAUGUCGGAUCCGAUCCUUGCCAAAAAGGAUUUCAAUCGUGUGGUGGAACUGGACCCUGAGAACAAGGCAGCUAAGAACCAAGUGACAAUAUGUCUGCAUCAGAUCAAACAGGCAGCGCAGAAGGAGAAAAGACUCUACAGUAACAUGUUUGAGAAAUUUGCCGAGCAAGAUCGUAAGGCGGAAGCGCUUAAAAAGAGCAGUGAUCCCCCUCAGGAAUUUGGUGGAGUUUUCAACAAGGAAGAUGUAGAACAACCGAGUGAUAAGGACAAGGUUACAGACAGCGGUGAUGGAACAAGUGAAACAAAAACAGAAAGCAUGGAAGCAGAGGUAUAGGGAUUGCCCUCAACUAUUUUACGUGUGAUAUUGACCAUUGUUUACUUUUAUAUGAGUUGAUGCAAAUGCAAAUGUUAGAAUUAGAUUGACAGGAAAUGGUCAGACAAUGUGUGUUCACAACAUGCAAAGGUGUGAAGGUGGGCAGAAUUCCAGGUAUAUUUGAGUAUUCCUCCUGUAUGAUUGAAGUAUGUGCAGGAAGUUAAUAUUUAAACAUCAAACAGUAGUGGAGUUAAAACAGGAAGAGUUGAGACAUUUUGAAGACAGGUAACUGUUUUAUGUUUGUAGUAUCAAAUGGUGAAUGUGGUUUGGACUGAGCAAAGUUUGUCAAACAUUAAACAGAAGCAAAGUAAAUAAGCAAGUUAGGAUAGGGCUGUUUCUUUUCUGUUGUCACCCUUUGCCAAUAGUUUUUUGUAAAGUUGAAGAUUCUAUUCCACAAGCAUUUAUACAUGUAUAUUUUUGGUGCAAAAUGACAACCUCUUGUAAAGUAGCAUCUUGUGUCUCACAGCUUCAACGCCAUCAGCACAGACAACUUAGGAACAGGUUGUAAAGUAUAAGCUUCCAAUCAGUUGUUUCCUCAAAGCUUGCCCUGUCCUUUUUGAAAGAGCUAAGUGAAUUUACCUCAUUGUUGGGUUACUUUUGAUUUAUAAAAUACGGUUUCAGUGUAAGGCUGAAUUUCUUGUAUAAAUGGGAAAUUAGAGGGAAAAAAAACUGAAACUGAAAAAAAAAUCAACUCAUGUAUCAGCACCACAAAUGGGAUAUAAGUUGCCUGGAUUUUAAGAAAAUUACAGGUUCUAGGGUAAUAUUUUGAUGUUGUAUAUUUUAUGGGAUGUCUGUGAUUACAUCUCUGAAGUUUGUAACCACAAGUUGAUGUGUUCCCUUCAUGCUCAAGCAAGCCAUUCCUCAAAUUGAGUCUUGUAGAAAUUCUUAUCUAAAUUAUGCCUAGAUUGUCGCCUAACCAGAUUGGAUGGAUUGAAAAAGGAGUUUUAGAGUUUGAAACUUAGCAUGCUUCAUUUUACUAGAGAAAUGUUUGCCUGAAAGAUCAAAUUAAAAUCUAAGGUUGCAGUUUGAUGCCACCAUUGAAUAUUUAUCCCCGUGCUCUUCAUGUUUAUUCACUAUUUCUCACAAAUUGGAAUGUAUGUCAACCUGCUGCACCUUUAAAAGUGUUUUUGUUUUGUCAGCUAAGUCACACAAAUUAAAACUUUGACUAAAUUUGCAAACAUGUUUUGAAUUAUCACUUCAAAUAUUUCUGAGCACCUCAGAUGUCCAUUUCAGUGGUGUAAUAUUCAAUGCAGCAAUUUGCCCUGUUGAGAAAAUAAUUCGGUGAUAUGACUGCGGUUAUUGCUCGGAAUGACACAGGUACUGAGCCACUUCUCAUCGAUGUCCGUUACAGCCACAGUCAGUCAAUUUGGACAUGGCAUAAGUCAGUAACAUAAAAUAUCUCUAGCUUAGCACUGUUUCUUUCCAACUCAAAUUCUUCACACGGAGCAUGUCCACCAAUGUUAAUUGGAAAUAUUAAUGGAUGAAUGUUUUGACUAAAAUUAGUUUGUAAUAAACUUAAUAUUCCAGAAAUAAAGUCUUUGCCUUUGAUGCACCAA